CAAUUUUUUCCAUUUUUUGUUAGUGCUCGAUGCAAUCAAUGUUUAUAUGUUAGUGAUUAAAAGAUUACUGUUUUCAAAUAAAUCUCCGUGCGAGUGAAAUUCCCAGACAAAUAUCCAAGUUUUUGAAGAAUUUUUUGCAUUUUUACGUUUCGUCUGCGUUGUAAUUGGUGUAAAAUAAAACAACAGGAAGAAUUAAUUACGUUACACAGUCUAAUGUUUUCGUUUUCUGUCUAUUAAUUUGCGAAUCGCAUCUUCAAUUUAUCAAUGUUGGUUUCGCUAACAAUGAACUCAACCGAACUCGGUUCAUUCUCAUGUAUCAAAUAAAAUGUGGACUCCUACAAAGGAAAAGAAAUUCGGUGUAGCAAUUUAUAACUGGCCUGGCGAGAUUAAAUAUGGAUUACCUUUGGAAAUUGGAGAUACUGUUCAGAUUUUUGAAGAAUGUUUAGGAUGGUAUCGAGGAUUUGUGACGAAGAAUAGAUCGAUCAAGGGUAUUUUUCCUUGUAACUACGUUCACUUGAAACCUUCCAAACUUGAGAACGAAGGAUUAUUCGAGACGGCUGUCCCCGUAGAAGACCCGGUUGUUCGAGAGGUUACCUUGGUGUUGAGAGAAUGGAACUGUAUAUGGAAGAAUUUAUACGUGGAAAGGAAGACGUACAAAUUUGUCACUUUACGAAAGGUUAUGAGAGAAUUGCUGGAUUGGCGUAGACAAUUAUUAACUGGUACAUUGACUCAGGAUCAAACUAGAGAAUUGAAACUGCGAAUCACUUCGCAAAUCGACUAUGGAAACAGAAAACUGGGAUUGGAUCUGGUGCCAAGAUGUGGAGCAGAAAUGGUAGAUCCGAGUACCAUGAGCGUAGUGGAAUUAUAUCACGUGCAUGUUCAGAAUUCGGAGUCUACUAACAAUGUGCAUAAUAACCAGAUCCACUGCGUGACAACACUAAGUAAAACGGGGUUAAAACGUAACGCACCUGCUAAAGUUCUAACUCAUCAUUUGUACAUGUGCAUGCGAGAUUUUGGGUACUUUGUCGGCGAAGAUGUGGAAAUUUAUUUUUCUCUUUACGAUGCUAAAAGGGCGAAGUAUAUCAGUGAACGUUUUCUAGUCAAAAUUUCAAAGGAAGGAUUUUCCAAUUAUCUUCUUAAGUUACACAAUAAUUGUACCAUUUUUACAGAUUUGGGCAACGGCGAUCUGAACCGAGAACUAUUCAUGGUAGCUCAUGUAAUGCGAAUCGGUAAAAUGCUACAUUCGGAAUCUAGUAAAAAGCUAUCCGCAACGUUAACCAGUUCUAGUCAGUAUAACGGCUGUAUUUUCAAAAGACCCUUCGGCGUCGGCAUUUUAAACAUCGGAGCCGAACUGUUACCAUCAGCCAAUAACGCAACCAGUUGCGAAGAGAAAGAAUAUUCCUUCAAAGUUUACCAAUGCGAAGACAAAGAGUUUUAUCAAUUGCACGAAUACAUUAUACGUAAACAAACCUCGAAAUAUAGUCCACUUUCGGCUCAACAACAUUACGGAGCUACCGGUAUCGAUAUAUCAUUGAAACUUCUCGACGGAUCAUUCACCAAAGUCGAAGAAGAGAACCCUCUAUUAUUCAAGAACGUCUCUCUAACCAGAAAAAUGGGUUACCCCGAUGUCAUUAUGCCCGGAGAUGUCAGAAAUGAUUUAUACAUAACGUUGGAACGGGGCGAGUUCGAAAGAGGUGGAAAAUCCACCGGAAAAAAUAUCGAAGUUACCGUGUUAGUGGUGGACAUUGAUGGUGAAAUUAUCGACAAUUGCCUGUACGGAGCUUCUGGUACUGAGGGCACGGAUGAAUAUCAUUCCACCAUCAUCUAUCAUCAUAAUUCUCCCUGCUGGUAUGAAACCAUAAGAUUGCGCAUUCCAUUGGAUAAAUAUAACGUUGCUCAUAUAAGAUUCGAAUUCAGACAUUGCUCGACGAGAGAUAAAGCAGACAACAAGAAGUUGUUUGGAUUUUCUUUCGCCAGACUGAUGGAACCCGAAGGAGCUAUUUUACCCGACGGAGUUCACGAAUUGUACGUUUACCGAUUCGAUGAAAAAAUCAAAUUGGAUCCAAGCUUGUACCUGAUGUUACCGUCGAACUACAACGAUUUAGAAAAUGGUUACAAGUGCGAUUAUAAUCCUCUGUUUACGUGUAGUCAUAAGGAAACAGUUUUCGUUCAUACUUUAUUAUGUUCCACAAAAUUAACCCAAAAUGCCGAUUUGUUGUAUUUGCUUCAAUGGCGAGAUCAUCCGGAUCGAAUACAAGAAGCGUUGACCAGAGCUCUUCGGUUGAAUGGCGAAGAAUUGGUGAAAUUUUUACAAGAUAUUUUAGACGCGUUAUUUUCCAUGUUUUCGACCGAGGAUGGCAAUUCGACGACCCAUUCUGGAUUAGUAUUCCACGUCUUGGCGAGCAUAUUCCAUCUUUUGUACGACUCGAAAUUUGAACAUUUCCGACCCGUAAUGGACGCCUAUAUCAAGAACCAUUUCGCUGCUGCUCUCGUUUACAAAGGUUUAUUAACGAGCAUUCAACAUUGCGCCGAUCGAGUGACAGCUACCGAGAAACAAGAACCUAUCAAGAAAUGUUUUCGAUCGCUGGAGUACAUCUUUAAAUUCAUUAUCGAAUCGAGACUGUUAUUCGCUCGAGCUACCGGCGGCCAAUUCGAAGAUAAUUUUAAAAUGGAUGUUUUGGGAGUAUUCGCCGUAUUCAACAAGAUGUUGACGCAUUCGUACGAUACGAUAUUGCCCACGCAAGUGGCCUUACUACACAGUAUUAGCGCGGUUUUUGAUUUAUUAUUGCAAGUUUUAUCGCCUAUCGAUGUAGCUAAAUUGGCCAUAAAGAUGAUCGAAAGUUUACCUACGAGAGAUCCUACACCGCAGCUUAUACAAGCCAAACUUGUUCUCAUCAGGAAUAUUGUUUCGAGUCAGUUAUUCAAGUGUAAUGAAUGCAGAAGUUUGCUGUUAACGAACAGUUGUCGUCACUUGCGGUAUCAUUUGAAUCGUCGCGAUGAACUGAGGUUAUGCAUGGAUAUUUUGACCGAGAUAUUAUCCUUUUUGUAUCACCGAUCGAGAUCACCCGAAACUCAAGGAGAGAAGGCGAGCACAACUUUACAUCAUGAAAUUGAUAUCGUUUGCUUGAGUGCUCUAGACAUGCUAAUUCAAACUGUAUUAAUCAGUAUGGAUCGAUCGCCUCCUAUUCUGGGUUGUUUGGUAGCCAAUCUAGUCGGUCUUCUACAAUUAAUGGACGAAUGCCAUUACCAAAGCUUAUGGGAUCAAUUAGGCGAUAGAAAAUCGUUGAAGGAUUUCAUAUUAAGAAUUUUCCUCGUGUAUCGAAAUCUAGUCAAACAGGAAGUAUUCUCGACUGAUUGGUUAGUCAUGAAGAUGGUCAUGAAUAACGUCUUGUUAAAUUCAUUGCACGAGAUCACAAAACCUCUGAUUAGGUAUUUUUUGGAUUCGCGGUACAAUUUCGAUAGUCAGGUUUGGAAUAAUUAUUUCAACUUAGCUGUCGAGUAUUUAACCCAGCCAGCUCUGCAAUUGGAAAAAUUCAGCGAUGUGAAACGUGAAAAAAUUAUCGAAAAGUAUGGCGAUAUGAGAGUAUUGAUGGGAUACCAAAUGUUGAAAGUUUGGUCUAAGCUGGGCGAACAUAAAGUGAAUUUCAUACCAGCGAUGGUGGGUCCAUUUUUAGAAGUGACUCUGGUACCGGAGUCAGAUUUGAGAAAAGCAACGUUGAAUAUAUUUUUUGAUAUGAUGCAAACGGAAGAAAAAGUCAGGGGAAAUUUCAAACAGGUCGAGUCAGAACUUAUCGAUAAACUGGAUUAUUUGAUAAAUGAAAAUAAAGGCGAUGACGAGUAUAGACAGUUAUUCAAUACAAUGGAACAACUUAGCGCAGUGCUUUUGGAGAGAAUUCAAAACGAAGAUCCGAACUGGAGUGAGACCGGAUCAGCGUUUAUUAAUUCGGUUACCAGAUUACUAGAACGAUUGCUGGAUUACAGAAGCGUUAUCCAAGGAGACGAAAAUCGCGACAAACGAAUGUCCUGCACAGUUAAUUUACUGAAUUUCUACAAAAAUGAAAUCGGUCGCAAGGAGAUGUACCUGAGGUACAUUUAUAAGUUACACGAUCUACACUUCUCAGCCGAUAAUUUCACCGAAGCUGGAUUUACCUUGAAAUUGUACGCCGAUUCUUUGAGUUGGAGUUCAACCAAUUCUCUACCGAACGAUAGCCGAGCCAAAGAGGCACCCGAAUGGAAACGAAAGGAAGAACUGUAUCAUCAAAUUGUUAAUUAUUUCGAUAAAGGCAAAUGUUGGGAAAAAGGAAUACCCUUGUGCAAAGAACUAGCUAAUUUGUACGAAAAACAGUUGUACGAUUACGUUAAACUCAGUUCAAUACUUCGUACUCAGGCUCGUUUCACUGAUAACAUCGUGAGCAAUAAACUGAGACUCGAGCCGGAAUAUUUUCGAGUCGGUUUUUAUGGUUUGAGUUUUCCAUUGUUCGUUCGAAACAAAGUUUUCGUAUAUCGUGGACUGGAAUACGAACGAAUCGAAGCAUUCACUCAACGUUUACAAACAGAAUUCCCUCAAGCUCAGAUUCUUACCAAAAACAGUCCUCCUUCGCACGCAAUUCUUCAAUCAGAAUCACAAUUUAUUCAAAUUUGUAACGUGAAACCAAUUUCGGAAAACGGGCCUCCAUCGGAAGGAGUCCCGCUCGCCUCAGUUCCAUCUCAAAUAGCCAGAUUUUAUCAAGUCAACGAUGUAUCCAAGUUUCUACUUGAUCGACCUCUACAUAAAGGAACUAUCGAUAAAGAAAACGAAUUUAAGACCUUAUGGCUGGAACGGACGAUUAUGACUAUUAGCAGCAGCCUGCCUGGUAUAUUGAGAUGGUUCGAGGUGAUUCAUAGUGUUACCGAAGAAGUACCUCCCGUUAGAUUCGCUUGCGAGACUAUGGAAACUGUGAAUGCCGAAUUAAGGCAGUUGAUCGCCGUUCAUAGUGCUGAUCCUAAACAGAAUAUUAAUCCUUUGAGUAUGAGAUUGCAAGGUACCAUCGAUGCGAAUGUUAUGGGAGGUAUUUCGAAAUACCAACAAGCCUUUUUUACUCCGGAAUUCGUUCAAAGUGAACCUCAUUUAGUGCCAUACGUUCAUCAAUUGAACGCUUUAAUCUUAGAUCAGGUGGAUAUUCUAGAAAGAGGAUUGGUGGUACACGGACAACUCGCUCCUCCUGGAGUACAACCUCUUCACCAAAGAUUAGUCGAAAGGAUCUCUCAGUUGAAGCAAAACUUGAAAAAGCCACCAAUUCCUAUUCAAAGUUCUCCUUUGCCUUUGCCUCCUAGCGAUGAAAAAGGACCUGACCAGUACACAAAUACUGUUAGUUAUCAGUAUCUUUCCGAAGCGGACGAUGACGAUGAUAUUUACAGCAAACCAAUUGAACUGUUGGAAAGUAUGAGUUUGCACGAAAGUAGCUCAAGCCAUAAUGUAGAACUACCUGUAGCCGCUAAACGUGUUUUUGGUCGUACAAAAUCCUGCGGAUCAGCGAGUAUCGACGGAAUUUCAUCAAAAAUCGGAACGGCUGAAAGAAAAAAAGAGUCCCAAAAAAGUAAAAUAGCCAGCGUCAAGAACUCGCAACAGAGGCAUUCGCUCGAAAGUGGUUCAGUAUGUGGCAAUUGUACACACGAAGAAGCUCCACCUUUACCUCCUCGAUUAGCCGUUGAUCGACGUAGUAUCUCCGAAGUGCCGCCAACUCCUCCGAAACGAAUAUCUCUUCGAAAGGAUUCUGAAACCUCUGUUAGCAUAGAAAACACGUUACCUCGUACGAAAUUACGCGAUUCUGGAUUCUCAGAAUCAGUUACAAAUGUAGUAUUGUCUUCCUCGUACGAAGAAUUUCUAGUUGUUCGUUCAUCUUCAGCGUACACGACGUCGGGCAAUACUCCGUCCCCUCCGCCAAUUCCCUUAUUAUCACCCCGUACAUCGACCGGUAGUUCUUUACCACCUCCUCUUCCUCCUAAAGUUUUAAAUUUGCUGGAUAACGAAGACGAAAGUUCCAAAGAGCAGAAGAGAAAUCUUUCAGUAGAAAAUUACUCUAUACCAAAGUUACAGAAUACCGACGUGAUAGAUUUACGUUAACCUUUUGCCUAUUUUUACGUGUUUUUUUUUUCAUGUUUUCCCAUUCCUAUAGGUAUUACCUAUUAGCCUUAUGGGUUGUAAAUAAGCGCUUCCUUCUUUUCUUUCCAUUUCUUUUAUAAUAUUAUAAUAUAGUCAAUUAGUCAAUUUGAUCGUUUUAAUCAUCAACAUACCUAACUAUGUGUAAUAUUAUUACAGCAUUAUCGAAGCAAUUUUUUGUAGCAUUUUUUUCAUUUUUUAUUUCCCUGUAAAUGAAAGCAGACUAGGUUCUGUCCUGUCGUUCGUCUCGAGCCUAUAAAAAUACGAAUAUGUGUUGUGACGAAAUUUCAUCCAUCUGAAAAAUAACUUCCAAUCAAUCGGACACCGAAUGCAACGAAUAGACUUAUUAUGUAAGACACUCGCGUGUACCUACGUUAAUCCGUAUUAUUUGUAAAAUAUUUUUGUGUUGUUGUGAUAUACCUAUGUGGCAUUAAUGCAGACUGGUCUGUGGGUUACCAAAGACUGAUUGAUAUUUUUUAUUAUUUAUCAUUCCUUCUUUAAUACUUCCAUAAAUUUUAAUCUUAAUACUCAUUCGUUCAAGUGUAAUAUUUUUAACCAUAGUUACUAUUAUAAAAUGUGUAAUCCGUUUUAUCUCCUUUGGAUUAGCUAUUUUUUAAAACUCCCAUAAUUGUACGUAUAUUUUAUAUAGAGAUACUUAGCGUGACGUAGGUAGCGGUUUCGUAUUUUUAUGCAAACUAAACUUUUUAGAUCAUUUUUAUGUUGUAUCGCGAAUGAAUUUAUAUUACGUAGGUAUUAAUUAAAUAAUGCUCUAUGAUU